AUGGAAGAGGAAGCCAAGCAAGAUGCGUACACAAAGGACGGCUCCGUCGACCUCCGCGGCCAGCCGGUGCUGGCCUCCCAGACCGGCCGCUGGAAGGCCUGCUCCUUCCUAGUAGGGUAUGAGUCGUUCGAGCGGAUGGCGUUCUACGGUGUGGCGUCGAACCUGGUGGUGUACCUGACGACGCAGCUCCGGGAGGAGACGGUCCCGUCGGUGCGCAACGUCAACAACUGGACGGGCGCCGUCUGGAUGACCCCCAUCGUCGGCGCCUACAUCGCCGACACGUUCCUCGGCCGCUUCUGGACCUUCACCAUCUCCUCACUCGUCUACCUCGCGGGAAUGGUUCUGAUAACGCUGGCUGUAUCGCUCGAGUCCCUCCACCCGCAUUGCACGCCUGACGGCGGCUGCGCGGCGGCGACGCGGCAGCAGGUUGCCUUCUUCUACGGGGCGCUCUACACCAUGGCCAUCGGCGCGGGCGGCACCAAACCCAACAUCUCGACGUUCGGCGCGGACCAGUUCGACGACUUCGACGCGCGGGAGCGCGAGGUCAAGGCAUCCUUCUUCAACUGGUGGAUGUUCAGCUCCUUCACCGGCGGCCUUGUCGCCGUGCUCGUCCUCGUCUUCGUGCAGGAGAACGUCGGCUGGGGCGUCGGGUACACCAUCCCCACCGUCGGCCUUGCCCUGUCGCUCCUCCUGUUCUACGUCGGCACGCCGUUCUACCGGCACAAGCCCGUCCAGCGGGAGACGGCCGCCGGCCCGGCGAGGCUGGUCGGCAGGGUGUUCAGCGAGGCGUUCGCGAACAGGAGGCGCCUGCUUCCCGGCGACGCUGCCGAGCUGCAGGAGCACGAGACCGCGUGGUACACCGCGGCGGGGAAGCGGCGGCUGCACCACACACGGGCGUUCCAGUUCCUUGACAGGGCGGCCCUGAGGUCUGGGUCUGACACGAGGCGGCGGCAGCCGUGCACGGUGACCGAGGUGGAGGAGGUGAAGCUGAUUAUCGGAAUGAUCGUGGUGUGGCUGUCGACGUUGGUGCCCUGCACGAUCUGGGCGCAGGUGAACACCCUAUUCGUGAAGCAGGGCACCACGCUGGACCGCUCCAUGGGCGGAGUGCGCAUCCCGGCGGCGUCCCUGGGCAGCUUCAUCACCAUCUCGAUGCUGCUCUCCAUCCCGGUGUACGACCGCGUGCUGGUGCCGCUGGUCCGGCGCCGCACGGGCAACCCUCGCGGCAUCACGCUCCUCCAGCGCCUGGGCAUCGGGUGCGCGCUCCAGGUGCUGGUGGUGGCGUGCGCCUACCUCGUCGAAGUCCGGCGCAUGCGCGUGAUCCGGGAACGGUCCGUCCACCGCGCCGGCGACACCGUGCCGAUGAGCAUAUUCUGGAUGCUGCCGCAGUACGUGCUGAUGGGCGUGGGCGACGUCUUCAACUCCGUGGGCAUCCUCGAGUUCUUCUAUGACCAGUCGCCGGACGGGAUGCGGAGCCUGGGCACCACUUUCUUCACCAGCGGCCUCGGCGUCGGCAAUUUCCUCAACAGCCUUCUUGUGACGCUCAUCGACCGUGCGACGAAGGGGCGCGGGAGCGCCGGCAAGAGCUGGAUCGGCGACAACCUCAAUGACUCCCACCUUGACUACUACUACGUAUUCCUCCUGCUUCUCUCGGUGCUCAAUAUGGCUCUGUUCGUGUGGGUGGCGAUGAGAUACAAAUACAAGAGGGAGUCCCUGGAGAUCGAGCAUCCGGAGUCAGAGAUCGCCGGCGGCCAGGAGAGCGGCAAGUUAAUGGAAGUGCCAUUGACGAUCAAUGGUGCCCAGCCACCAGUGUGA